AUGGACCAUGGGAUUUACUUGGAUUACAAGAAAGGUCAAUUGAGCCCCAGUCAAGUUAACAAAGGAGGAGGGAUUCGAUUCUUCUACCUGCGCGUGGCGGAAUUCGAUGCCUUGAUGGUCAAACAUCUCGCCGCCGGCAAGGGCUUUAUAGCCAUGGCCCCCUUCACGAUAUACCAGAUGAUGUUCGAACCCAUGAUCUUUAUAAGAUACGGGCUGGAUGAGCUGGGGGAACUCGAGAUUCUGCUCUACCCUGGUGCAAGCUCAUAUCUCGUUGGCGGAUGCAACAAUAUGCAGGCAAUGAGGGACAGCAAUAACUUCAUAUGCAGGCUGUGGAUUUUGCAAGACGAGAGAGUGACAGGUGGAGCACACGGGAGACUGGCAGCUCCAAGGGCGCCAUGA